AUGUCAACCGGUGGCACCACCACCACUAAAUCCGCCAGCGGUAGUCCCGGACAUGGUGGUCCCAUCACCCACCGACGCCGCGUUCCAGAUUCCAUGACAGACGCCGAGAAAGCGUGUGAUCACGUUUCAUGCCCAUCUGAUCACACCAGUGACGUCGACGACGAUGAUAUAUACAGCAACAAUGACGGUGGACACGGUGGUUGGCAUUACCAUCACCACCACCAACACCACCCGGCAAUACGGUACAUGUUGGUACGUAAGAGGGUACCAGAAACGUGGGUUUUGGGCGUAGAAGACUUUUUGUUUAGAGUCUUUACAGUAUUGAAUUGUUGCAAAUCAAGGACGAAUAUGGGGCGUGUGGUAUUUGGGUUGUUAAUGGUGAUGUUGGUGGUCUCUGUUUUUUCGAAGUUCUAUCUGAUGGGUAAUCAUGUAGAGGAGGUGCAUGGGAAGAUUAGGACAGAGAAGGGGGUGUUGAUGCUUCAAGCGUUUAAGGAUGAUUGGUCUAAUGCUCAGAAUAUUUUGUCUGAGGUCCCUGAGAUUUGGAUGAAGCCAAAUAGCGAUAGUUACUAUCAAUGCAUUGCUCGACCAAGGAAUCGAAUAAGGACGGGUUCAGCGACGAAUGGUUACGUUAUGAUUCAUGCCAAUGGUGGAUUGAAUCAAAUGAGAACCGGAAUAUGUGAUAUGGUUGCUAUUGCAAAAAUUAUGAAUGCCACCUUGAUUCUCCCUUCUCUUGAUCACCGGUCCUUUUGGACUGAUCCUAGUGAUUUUAAAGAUAUUUUUGAUUGGAAGCACUUCAUUGAAGUUUUAAAAGAUGAUAUUGAGAUAAUCGAGUCCUUGCCAGCACAAUUUGCAACAAAGAAGCCUUUUCGUAAGGCCCCUGUAUCUUGGUCGAAGGCUGGUUACUACAGAGGGGAGAUUGUUUCGUUGUUAAGGAAGCAUAAGGUGAUUAAAUUUACCCAUACUGAUUCACGACUUGCUAACAAUGGCCUCGCAGUCUCUAUCCAGAGGCUUAGAUGUCGUGCCAACUAUGAGGCUCUUCGAUACACAAAUGAGAUAGAGGAGCUUGGGAAGAUAUUGAUCGAUAGACUUAGGAGAGAUGGUGAGCCAUAUAUUGCUCUUCAUUUAAGAUAUGAGAAAGAUAUGCUUGCAUUCACUGGCUGCAGCCACAAUCUUACCACAGCAGAGGCUGAGGAACUUCGUAAAAUGAGGUACAGUGUCAACCACUGGAAGGAGAAAGAGAUAGAUAGCGAAGAACGACGACUUCAAGGGGGAUGCCCAAUGUCUCCCCGGGAGACAGCUCUAUUCCUAAAAGCCAUGGGGUAUCCUCCAUCUACGACAGUAUACAUAGUUGCAGGAGAAAUUUACGGUAAUAACAGCAUGAACGCAUUUCGUUCAGAGUUUCGAAAUGUUUUCUCCCACUCCACUCUUGCAACAGAGGAAGAGUUGGAGCCUUUCAAGCGUUAUCAGAAUCGCCUUGCAGCCUUGGAUUAUAUUGUAGCCCUCGAAAGUGAUGUCUUUGUUUAUACAUAUGAUGGUAAUAUGGCAAAGGCAGUGCAGGGGCAUAGGAGGUUUGAAGGAUUUCGAAAAACCAUCAACCCUGACAGAUUGAAUUUUGUUAGACUGGUCGAUUUAUUGGAUGAAGGCGCUAUUUCUUGGGAAGACUAUACCACAGAGGUGAAGAGGCUACACUCCAACAGAAUUGGAGAACCAUACCUCAGAGAAGCAGGGGAAACACCAAGACUAGAGGAGAACUUUUAUGCAAAUCCCUAUCCUGGUUGUAUUUGUAAUAGAUCUCAGGGGCAAAUUAGUAGCCUGCAACUUGACCGGAGACCAAGUCCAAGGGCGGCCUCCCAACGAUAG